CACCAACACCACCCGCUAGCGUAUCCAAUUCACCGACAACAUGUCAGGACAGGCUCACGACCCCUUCUUCAGGCCCAUUGGGGAGCAUGUGGCCGAUGAUGCUAUUCAGACGGAUCCUAAUGCUGACCCGCCCAAGAUGGUAGAGGAGAUUGAAUCACUCUGUUUGCGAUGCCAGAACAACGGAAUCACUCGCCUUUUGAUGACUUACAUUCCGUACUUCAAGGAGGUCCUGGUAGCUUCGUUCUCGUGCGACCACUGUGGCGAGAGGAACAAUGAGAUUCAGAGUGCGGGACAGAUCCAAGAACGCGGCUGCGUCUACACCGUGCAUGUCGUCGACUCGAGCGACCUGGACCGCCAAAUCGUCAAGUCCGAAUGGUGCACACUCAACAUUCCCGAGCUGCAAAUCGAGAUUCCACCCAAGCGCGGCCAACUCACCACAAUCGAGGGUGUCAUUUCUGAUACUUUGCGAGACCUCGAGCUUGACCAGCCCCUCCGCAAGCACAUGGCUCCUGAGGCCUAUGAGAAGAUCGAGGUUCUCUGCAGCAAGCUGAGAGAAAUUCUGGGCGAGGAGGCACCAGCUGCGCCAGGGGAGGAUGCAGCUGGCUCUUCAUCUGCGGCUGAGGGAUCGAAUGGCCUGAAGAGCCACGGCCCAGUGGGCUCCACCUCUACUUCACGUCAGAACCGCAAUUUCGCCCCCUUCAGCUUGCGACUGGAUGACCCCUCGGGCAACUCCUUUGUCGAGUUCACAGGCGCCAUUCAGGGUCGAGGCACGACCGACAACAAGUGGACGAAGCGGGAAUACCCCCGUUCUCGCGCCCAGAACGAGGCCCUCGGUCUUGCAGGGCCCGCGGAUGCUUCAGCCCGUGCUGGCUCGUCAGCCGCAAGCGCCGCUGCGACGAGCAAGAAGGUGGCCUCAGCAGCAGAGGCCGAAGCUCAUGCGAUGUCGCAUGGCUUCACCGAGGGCGAGUCCGACUUCAACAACGAAGAGAUCUACACCUUUGAGGGUACUUGCUCCUCCUGCAAUUCUGCGUUGGACACAAUGAUGAAGAAGGUCAACAUCCCCUACUUCAAGGACAUCCUCAUCAUGUCGACCAACUGCGAUGCUUGCGGCUACAGAGACAACGAAGUCAAGUCCGGUGCGGCGAUCAGUGACAAGGGGCGCAAGAUCACUUUGAAGGUGGAGGACGCCGAGGAUCUUACAAGAGAUAUCCUCAAGAGCGAGUCGGCCGGCUUCUCCAUCCCCGAGAUCGACUUGCACCUCUCGCCCGGCACAUUGGGUGGACGCUUCACCACCCUUGAAGGUCUCCUCCAACAAGUCUACGAUGAGCUCUCCGAGCGCGUUCUCAUGCGCGGCGACUCGUCCGCCUCAUCAGACAAGAGCGCCUUCGAGUCUUUCCUAGGCAAGCUCAAGAGCGUGAUGAGCGCAGAGGCCUGUCCCUUCACUGUCAUCUUGGAUGACCCGCUCGCCAGCUCCUACCUGCAGAACCCCUAUGCUCCAGAUGUUGACCCGCAGAUGAGCGUCGAGGAGUACGAGAGGACUUGGGACCAGAAUGAGGACCUUGGCCUGAACGACAUCAAUGUUGACAACUACAUGAACGAGGAGGACGCCGCUGAGGCCAAGGCGCUCAAUGAGGGGCCAGAGAGCGCUGCUGCCAUCAAGAGGAAGGCGGAAGAGGCUGCAGAGGGGGAGGGGAGACCUGCGCCGCCCAGCGAGGCUGGUGAUGACGUCAAAGCGUAGAUCAAAUUCCUUCUUGAUGUAUAAGAUGCUACGCUGAGUCGACUUGAUGCUGUAUAGUAAUCGACGAUUGGCUGGACUCGCUCUUUCAGUGCUUCAUCGACUUGGACGGCGUCACGCCACGCGACAUCGCACGGGCCACAGACGCCACGCUCAAUCGAUC